AUGCCAAAUUACACCCUCCGCAAAUCGCUGGUGGCAGCCACCGUGCUGCUGGCGGCUAGUCGAGCCACGGGCUGCGACGAGCUCGACAUCCUCGCCGGCCAACACGUCGUGUAUUCCUUCCCGUCGUCCAGCCAGCCCCCAGACGAACUGGUGAGGCUCACAAGGGCCGGGCUCGUCGGCGGCGUCAUCCUAUUUGGCGUCAACGUCGACGCCAACACCUCGCAGGCCAUGUCGGCCCUGAAGCAUGCAUACGACUCGUCGCCCGCGCCGGCCCUCCUCAAGAAGAAGACGGGCAAAGACGCGCGCUUCCUAGUAACGACGGACCAGGAGGGCGGGCAGCCGGGCGACUUCACCGACUACUACGGGCGGUCGUUUGGGAACACGUCGCAGCAGGUGGUGCGCGCGGCGGUGCCCUUCAUCAGCGCCCAGCAGGGCCGGGGCGUGUCGGCGUGCGCCAAGCACUUCCCCGGCCUGGGGGCGGCCUCGCACGACGCCAACACGGACGAGGAGCCCGUCGUGCUGAACCUGACGCUCUCGGAGGUGCGCGCCGUCGACCAGGCGCCGUACAAGGCGGCCAUCGCGGCCGACGUCGACAUGGUCAUGGCCUCGUGGGCCGUGUAUCCCGCCCUGGAUCACCGGCCGGCCGGCCUGAGUGCCAAGUGGAUCAAGGGCGAGCUCCGUGUCGGGCUGGGCUUCGAGGGCGUCACCAUUACCGACGCCCUCGAGGCCGGCUCUCUUGCUGCCUAUGGCGACGCCGGCGCCAGGGGCACCGCUGCCGCCGCCGCCGGCAUGGACAUGUUGCUGGCGAGCGGGAAGAACGUGACGCAGGGAGAGGCCGUGAGGACGGCGCUCGUGCAGGCCCUGAAGAAGGGCGAGCUGGACAGAGCCGAGUUUGACGCUGCCACGGCGCGCAUCGCCGCCCUCAGGAGCAGGAUUGCAGCGUAA